AUGGCGGACGCCUCCGCCGGCGGCUUCCCGGACGACUACCCCACAAUCGACCCCACCUCAUUCGACGUGGUCGUCUGCGGCACCGGGCUCCCGGAGUCCAUCCUCGCCGCCGCCUGCGCGGCCGCCGGGAAGACCGUCCUCCACGUCGACCCCAACCCCUUCUACGGCUCCCUCUACUCCUCCGUCCCGCUCCCGUCCCUCCCCUCCUUCCUCUCCCCCGGCUCCUCCGCCCCCUGCCCGCCUCCCUCAACCGCAACCUCCUCCCCCGCCGCCGCCGCUUCGCACAGCGCCGUCCAUCUCGACCGCCGCUGUCUGUACUCGGAGGUUGAGACCUCGGGGACGGUUCCCGAACCCUCCAACCGCUUCACGGUCGACCUGGUGGGCUCCAGGGUGCUGUACUGCGCCGACGAGGCCGUGGACCUUCUUCUCAGAUCAGGGGGGAACAACCAUGUGGAGUUCAAGAGCGUCGAGGGGGGCAGCCUCCUCUACUGGGACGGCGCCCUCUACCCGGUGCCGGACUCCAAGGGGGCCAUCUUCAUGGACAGCACGCUUAAACCUGGCAUGAAGACCCUCCUCUUCAGCUUCUUCAAGCUUGUCGAGUCGCACAUUGCCGCGUCGUCCUCUGGCGGCGACGACGAGGGGCAGGGAGAGGCCUCGGGCAAGAUAUCCGAGGAGGACCUGGACCUCCCCUUCGUUGAAUUCCUCAAGAAACAGAGGCUUCCACCAAAGAUAAGCGCGGUUAUGUUGUAUGCCAUUGCCAUGGCAGAUUAUGAUCAAGAUGCCGCGGACUCCUCUGAGAAAUUAUUAACAACGAGAGAUGGAAUCAAGAGCAUAGCUCUUUAUUUGUCGUCUAUUAAGAGGUUCGCUAAUGCAGAAGGUGCUUUCAUCUAUCCUAUGUAUGGGCAUGGCGAGCUGCCGCAAGCUUUCUGCCGCUUUGCUGCUGUUAAAGGUGCCCUAUAUGUGUUGCGGAUGCCGGUCACAGCCCUUCUUCUGGACCAGGAAAAGAAGCGGUAUAUUGGCACCAGAUUGGCAUCUGGUCAGGAUAUUUUGUGCCAGCAGUUGAUUCUUGAUCCUUCAUUCAAAAUUCCUUCCUUGGACAUCCCAUCUGAUGUUUCAGACUCAAACUCGCCAAGAAAAGUUGCUAGAGGAAUAUGCAUAACUAGCAGCUCUAUUAAACAGGGAAAAUCAAGUGUUCUGGUUGUUUUUCCCCCAAAAUCACUACAAGAGCAGCAGGCUGCUGCUGUUCGGGUGCUUCAGUUGAGCAGCAAUGUAGCAGUAUGCCCUCCUGGAAUGUUCAUGGCAUAUCUGUCUACUCCCUGUACUGAUGCCUUUUUGGGAAAACAAUGCAUAAACAAAGCAAUAGAGGUUCUUUUCAGUGCUCAGGGUUCAGAUGAUUCAGAAGGCCAUUUGGAGACAACCAGUGAAAACAUUGAGAAUGCAAAGCCAACGCUAAUCUGGAAUUGUGUGUAUGUUCAAGAGAUCACACAGGGAACAUCUGGUACUGUAUUAUCAUGCCCCAUGCCUGAUGAAAAUCUGGACUACAGGAAUACACUGGAAUCAACAAAAAAGUUAUUCACAGAUACUUAUCCUAAUGAAGAAUUCCUGCCUAGAAACUCAGCUCCCAAAUAUGCCGAUGACGACUCUGAUUCUGCAGAAUAAGAAACAUGUUUAUAGAGGAUGCAGUAUUUUUUCUGGACGAAUUCCUCACAGAAGAUACAUGAAGCCAUCUGUAUUUGGAAGUUUGGAUACAUCGUAUAAUGAGCGAGACUACAGGCCACAGCAUCGUCAUCGAUGGUUGUAUGACUUGUUGCAGCAUGCAGUUGUUACAUACCGCACAAGCUAUAUGGGCACCCUUCAUUUGUUGUGUAGGAGUUGAAACAGUUAAAUGAAUUUGAGUUUAAAAUGCUGGUCUGAUGCAUAUACGGUUUAUGCUCUCGAUUCUAGAGGAUGAAUUCCGGCCUGUA